AUGGAUACUAUGGAUGACUUAGGCCUUUGCCCGAAGCGAAAACAAGUGGAAGCAGCGGCGAACUCUAUCCUCCGCGAAGCGCGAUCGGACCCAUCUAUCUCGGUCGGCGAACACUGGGUUACACGCUUUCUAAAGCAUGGUAGCUUCGUGAUUGCACCACUCAUUAUCCUUACCGGCCGCCAGAUUCUCCUUCGAUGGUUCGACAACAUCACCGAGGAGUGUAUUGCAGUCAACGAUACUGGAUAUAUGAAUCAACAACUUGCCUACCAGUGGAUCCAGCAUUUCAAUCGCGAAACUAAAGGCCGAACUAUAGGGAAAUAUCGACUCCUCCUUUGUGAUGGCCUUAGUGCUCAUAUCACUAGGGAAUUCAUCCAAUUUUGUGAGAAGAGCGACAUUAUUCUAUAUUUUCUACCGCCUCAUUCAAGCCACAAGCUUCAGCCUUUAGAUGUUGGAGUAUUCAACGUUUACAAACAUUGGCAUAGUGAGGCAGUUGAAGCUGCAACUAUGAGUGGUUGUACAAAGUUCACAAAAGACCUCUUUCUCCAGUCAAUUCGCACUAUCCGACAGCAGACUUUCAAACCUUCAACAAUUAAGCUUGGUUAUCGAUUAACCGGCUUAUGGCCAUACAAUCCUAGUAUCGUAUGCGAUGAUUUGGCAGAUUAUUCAGUCCCAUUGUCGCCAUUACCAGACUCACCAUCAUCAUCAGGUAGUAGUAUUCCUACAGACAUAAGUACACCAACUACUACAUCCCGCUUUCGAAGAAUUGAGAAGAAGUUAGAUCGAUUGGAUAAGAAUUCGACUACAUUUCAAAAUACUCUCCAGAAGUUGAUGAAGGGUAGUCAAAUUCAAGCGCAUCUAGCCGUUGAACUUCGCCGAGAACUCAACGCCACUACACAUGCCCAAUCGAUUAGGGAGGCGCGAAGAAAUACAUCUGGGAGGCGCGCGAGGUUAUCCGGAAUCAUUUAUUCAAAGAAUGUUCUGAAUAUAAAGCGUCAAGAGAAGGAUUUGGAUGAUUUAGAGGCGCUGGAUCGAUUGCGACCGCGGUGGAAGAAGGUAAUGAGAGAGCUACGAAUGCAAUGUAAGCGGGAGGGACGGCGGUUGCGCAGAUAG